ACCGGUGUUUCCGAUAGAGGGCGCGCUAUGCGGAAGUGAUGGAAAUCCAGUCCAGACAGUGCGCUGCAGGAGUCGCUAGGCUGGUUUAGCAUAGACGACUGUUAGAUUUGGUUCAUGCAAAACAUAGCGUUUAGCUGAACAUCAGACGGGGAAUAAAUAGCCUUCAUCAUGUCAAAGAAUACGGUAUCCGAUCGUUUCCGUAAAGUGGAUGUGGAUGAGUACGACGAGAACAAGUUUGUGGACGAGGAAGAGGGAGGAGAAAACCAGCUGGGUCCAGAUGAAGCGGAGGUGGAUUCUCUCAUCAGACAAGGGAACCUUAUGGGUGCAUUGCAGGCAGUUUUAAAAAACCCACCAAUCAGCACAAAGAAUCAGAACGUCAAGGAUCGCGCUGAAGGUCUAGUGCUGAAGGUGCUCAGCUCCUUCAAAAGCACUGACAUAGAGAAAGGAGUUCAGUCUCUGGAUAAGAAUGGAGUAGAUCUGCUCAUGAAAUACAUCUACAAGGGUUUCGAGCAGCCUUCUGAGAACAGCAGCGCUGUCCUGCUGCAGUGGCAUGAAAAGGCUCUCUCUGCAGGUGGAGUGGGCUGCAUCGUGAGGGUCCUAACAGCCAGGAAAACAGUGUAAACUGCAGUAGGUUAGCAUAGCGCACAGAAAAACACAAACCAGCAGCAGGAAAUCCUGCUGAGACACUCAGAACAAAGUGAUGACUUUCCACAGGGUACUGAAGAGGAUCUCUCAUCCGAUUUCUAUGCGUUUUACUCUCUUCUGUUAUAUCACUCUUCACUCACAUAGUCAAAACCGCAAAAUCGUGCCAUCAGUUGUAUGCUAGAUUUACAGUAGCUUCUCUCAGGAAUACUUUUCUAUGCUCUUCUGUAAUGUAUUCAGCAAUCUGAAUACAAGAGACUUGUUAAGAGUUUUAUAAAAUCUUGCUUAAGUUUAUUAUAACAUUUUAUUAUUAAUAGUAAUUUACUUGCCGAUGUUCUUGGAGAGAAAUGUAAACUGUUAUAUUAGUCUGCAUUUGUGUGAAAGGCUUAAAAUGAACAGUCACAGACUGGUCAGUGUGUCUUACUGGCACUUUGUCUGUCCACAGUGACUCUGUCAGAUUAUGAAUAAUACUCUCCGGUGCAUUAAGCCUUCCCAUCACUGAUCCCUUCUCAUCUGUUCUUAAUCGCCAGGAGUUAUCUCCAUAGUAUUUAUUUUUUCAUAACCAAAGCGCAUUAGCUUAAAUAUUCCUAUAAGACAUUGAGUUACAAUGCUGAUCUUAUGCAUCAUCUGAAACAUCUGUUUGAUUUUCUUGGCAGAUGGAGCCUCCUCACUAAUUUUGACUUUCACUAAUGCUGUUAUAGAGUAUUAAUAUUUUGUCUUAAUGUAUCUGUGUCAGCAUUCCAAAGCACUUAUUGCCGUGGACCAUUGUUAUUGUGUGUGUCAGAAUGCAUAUGUCUGUAUCCAGUCUGUGUCAGGAGGCGUUUUUAAGCCAAUCAUGUUAAAUACUGCCUCAAAGCAGAUCAUUACUGAUCCAGUCUGAUCUGAGACGUAUCGUCUGAUCACAGGGACCUGCCUCUACAAUGCAGUAAUACAGAAAGACAAAGUGUAAACACUCAAUAAACCAAACCGGUAUAAUGACUGCCUUACAAAAUAUUCCUUUUUUAUGUUUGUGCUUUUGUGAUUGAUUGAUUAAUAAAAUAUGUUAAGUAUA